AUGGACUCCAUCAUCCGAGACUCGUCGCUUGGUCAGAUCAUCCGCUUUGCGACCAGAAAUCGCAUCCUCAAGUAUCCCGAGGAAGUUGACGGCUUCCAAUGUCCCAGCGGCUACAAGGAAGAAACGACCAAGCCACUUGACACUUUCUCUUCCGCAUCUACACAUGCAGUCCCGUCGCCUGGCGAAGAAAAGGACAUCGAGAGCGACCCUCGCUUCGAGAGGCGAGGUUCCACGCGCGACAAUGCCCUCGCCCAAACCGCUACCGCGCCCGAUCGGGAGUCCCUAUCUUCCAGCAGCGAUGAUGGCGUCGAGCGGGAUCUCUCCAAGAUCAUGUCGCGGCCACAGAUGUCCCACGUCUCCACGAGAGCCGAUCUCGAACAGGCAUAUACCCGCGCAACACAGCAGGAAAGCAUCAAGCAGCAGCCUUCAAGACCAAUCGCGCCUACUCGAACCAGCGAUGGCACCAUCCUCGUUGACUGGUACACGACCGACGACCCGGCUAAUCCCCAGAACUGGACGCAUCGAAAGAAGGCUCUAGUUGUCGUACAGAUCUACUUCUACACUCUGGCUGUCUACAUUGGCUCAGCUAUCAUCACGCCCUCGCAACCAUACAUCGAGCACAGAUUUGGCGUCAGCGCUGAGGUAGCUUCCCUCGGCCUCUCCAUGUAUGUUCUCGGCUACGGCAUUGGCCCGCUACUGUUCUCGCCUCUGUCCGAGAUCCCCAGUAUUGGCCGCAACCCGCCCUACAUCGCUACCUUCGGCGUCUUCCUAGCCAUCAGCAUCGGCGUCGCCUGUGUCGACAACUUUCCCGCCCUCAUCGUGCUGCGUUUCCUGCAGGGCUUUUUCGGAUCUCCUUGUUUGGCCACCGGCGGCGCCAGCAUUGGUGACAUCUACAGCUUGCUGCGCCUGCCCUACUAUCUCACAGGCUGGGCGGCAUUCGCCACUGCCGGUCCGGCUCUGGGGCCCAUGAUCUCUGGGUUUUCCGUACCUGCCACAAACUGGCACUGGUCGCUCUGGGAGAUCGUCUGGCUCGCCGCCCCCGUCUACAUCAUCCUCUUCACCCUCCUCCCCGAGACCUCCGCGGACGCUAUUCUCCUCCAACGCGCCCGCCGCCUCCGCAAACUCACCGGCAACGCCGCCCUCCGCUCGCAAUCGGAAAUCACGCAAUCCCAACUCAGCGUCUCCGAGGUCGUCGUCUCCAAUCUCUGGCGUCCCCUCCAGAUCAACGCCCUCGACCCGGCCGUGCUCUUCACCUCGAUCUACAUCGCGCUCAUGUACGGCAUCUUCUACUCCUUCUUCGAAGUCUUCCCCUUUGUGUACGCGACGGGCCUGCCGCGCGCCAACACGCCCACGCACGGCUACGGCCUCAACGCGGGCGAGAUCGGCCUCAUUUUCCUCUCCAUCAGCGUCGGCGUCGCCAUCUCCAUCCCCACCUACAUGCUCUACCUGAAAUAUGUCUUCGAGCCCGAGAUCCGCGCCCACGGCCUCGGCGCCCCCGAGAAACGCCUCGUGCCGGGCCUGUACGUCUGCUUCCUCGUUCCUGUGGGCCUCUUCAUUUUUGGCUGGACGGGCUUCAACUCACCUCAAAUCCACUGGAUCGUGCCCACGCUCGGCAUCACGAUUUUCACCAUCGGCAUCUUCAUCAUUUUUCAGGUUGUCUUCAUCUACAUCCCCCUCACCUACCCGCAGUACGCGGCCAGUCUGUUCGCCGGCAACGAUUUCGCCCGCAGCUCCAUCGCCGCCGGCGCCAUCCAUUUCAGCAGGCCCAUGUUCCUGAACUUGGGCGUGGGACCGGGGGUGAGUUUGCUGGCCGGCCUGACCUUUGGUGGCUGUAUUGGCAUUUGGGCCCUGUGGUAUUUUGGUGCCGCGUUGAGGGCGAGGUCGAGGUUUGCUGCGAAAUGA